AAGAGAAACAGCAAUGGCAACAAGACAUUUUGAAGAGGCAAACAACGAACCCGGCCGAGCCCCAAGUCCCCGAUAAGAAGCGGAUGUCAUCGGCUCCCGGCCGGCAGCGCCUGGGUACGGAGUUCGCCCCCUUCCACUUGACGUCGUUUUGUCAUUGUCGCAUGCGGGGAAGCGGGGAGCAGUUGGAGAAACCCCCACGAACCACAAGCCACACUUUAUCAGCCACAGAAGCUGCAACGCCUCGGUUGAGGUUCGCGUUGCAGGUGGAGCUCCAGCCACCAAAUUUAAUUGAAACGCGCUGAAGCGCGCGACAAAGGGCCCACCCAAGACGCGUAUUGUCGCGUUUCACAGGGGGGCUUGGAAUUACCGUGGAAUUGGAAGGCGCGACAGAUCCCGAAAGAGACAAGAGCUCCAUUUCACAAUGCCAGGGCCCUCCUGCCUAACAAUUAUUUUCACCUUGUCUCUCCACCGUUGCCAUCGCCAACAACUCCUUCCUCCGCGGGAUCUCGGCCAUCGUCAACUUGUGUACUUCGUCACUAGCGCUUGCCAAAAGUAAACAAGCCGGCAAGAUGGUAUCUCCCACUCUUGGAAAGAGAACCCGGAGUUCAAAGGAGAACUCAGAGUCGGCAAUCACCUUUGACCUUCCUGCCAAGCGCACUCGACGAACCCUUCGAAGCACCACCAUUGCGGAUGAGCCAGAAGCCGAAAAGGAGAACGACAUUGUAAUAGCGGAAGACGAAGAUGCGAGCGACGAGACUGGCGAGACACAAGAAAAGAAGACAACCUGGCAAGAAAAGACCUUCAAAGAUGUGCAAAAGACGCCCUCAAAAUCACUCGCCAGACGAGCCUCGGUGGCCAGCACAGUCAAGAGCUCCGCCAUCCCUCCCGUCACGCCUUCAACACCGCGUCACUACGAUGUCUUCUCCAAGGGCGUCACAUCCACUCCCCGGCACCGGGUCAUGUCAGUUGGAAAGUUCUCCAAGCGCAUGACACCCUCGACACCCCUCACCCCGUCCUCCGUUCAAACAGUCUACCACCAAGCCCGUCAGCUCUUCUCCCGCAGCGCGGACCCAGGGCAGCUCAUCGGACGCGACGACGAAAGGGCGAAGAUGAAGGGAUUCCUCAGCCGGUGCACCACCUCCAAACCAAGCGGCUGCCUCUACGUCAGCGGGCCCCCCGGCACAGGCAAAUCCGCCAUGGUCAACCGCAUCACCGACGAGACCGUCUCCGAGUCUGCUAACUCUUCCAUCAAAAAAGCCUACAUCAACUGCAUGUCAGCCAAGUCCUCCAAGGACCUGUACUAUACCCUCUUCGACCAGCUCGUUACCCCCGAAGACCAGGAGACCGACCUCUCCGAAACCGACGUGGUCGAAGCCCUGCAGAAACUCUUCGUCCCCAAAAAGAAGUCGGCCUCGAACAAGGUGUAUCUGAUUGUCCUUGACGAAAUCGACCACAUCCUCACCCUCGACCCGGAGUCUUUGUAUCGUGUAUUCGAAUGGUCUCUCCAGCCCACCGGCAGCCGACUCCUCAUGGUCGGAAUUGCCAACGCCCUCGACCUAACAGAUCGCUUCCUCCCCCGCCUCAAAUCCCGGAACCUCAAGCCAGAAAUCCUCCCGUUCUUGCCAUACACCGCCCCCCAAGUCAAAAACAUCAUCACCACCCGGUUAAAAUCCCUCUUGCCAGCAAACCACCCAGACCAGAAUUUUAUCCCCUUCUUCCACCCGGCCGCCAUUGAGCUCUGCUCCCGAAAAGUCUCGACCCAAACCGGUGAUCUCCGCCGUGCUUUUGAGGUCUGCCGGCGAGCUAUCGAUCUUGUCGAAUCUGAAACAAGGUUAAAGCACGAGAAUGAAAUCAAGGAAAACAUGCUGCAAAUGUCGCCGUCAAGAAAGGUCCUGGGGGAGAAGCACAAUUCUUCUCUUCCCAAGCCGGGGCAGCAGAGCAGCGUGUCUGGGCAGCUUAUCAAGGCGUUGCAGGUGCUGACGGUGGAGACAGCGCCGAGGGUGUCAAUUGGGCACUUGAACAAGGUUACUGCUGCGGCUUUCAGCUACGGGACUAUGCAACGGUUGAAGGUGUUGAAUCUUCAGCAAAAGGCGGCGCUGUGCUCGCUGCUGGCGAUUGAGAAGCGGAAUCGGGAGAGGGUUUCUUCUCAAGUUGGUGGUGGUACGCCGAGUAAGAAUUUGCCUGCGGCGCCGACGGUGAAGGCACUGUUUGAAAGUUAUACGAGGCUUUGCAAGACGGACUCGGUGUUGCAUCCGUUGAGCUCUUCCGAGUUUAGGGAGGUGGUGGCGAGCUUGGAGAUGGUGAGUUUGAUUGCCGAGGUGGAUGGGAAGAUGGGGUCUUUUGGUGGGAGCGGGACGCCGGGGGGUUUGGCGAGGACGCCGAGCAGGAGGGGGAAGAAGAAGGAUGUUUUUGGGAUGGGGGAUAUGAAAGUUGGAUUGGUGGCUGAUGAGAGGAGAGUGGCGAGCUGUGUUGGGCUUAGGGAGAUGGAGGGGGUUGUGGAGGGGGAGGGGAGGGGGCAGGGGAUUUUGAGGAGGGUGUUGUCAGGGGAGGGGUUGGAGUAGGUGGUCGAUGAGAGGAAGAAGAAACGGUUGUUUUAUAUAUGGUUCUGGCUGGUUCUGGAGUUUAUUAAACCGGGUUUGGCUUGCGGAGUUGGUGGCUGGCUGCUGGGUUUUCAGUUGGGGGAAAAAAUUGGCGCGGGUUGUAUAAACAUGGUUGAAAAGGGGAGUUGUAUAAAAUAGCAUACAUAGGGCAUGGCGUAGUGUUUACCCUGUUUGAGGGGUUGAGAGGGAGAUGUUUUUAAUACUGAGAUACUACCAGGUGUAGUGAAAUACAAAAGUUGACAACACACA